AUGAAGAGCAUGUACAACACGGACAGCGGUGUCGGCGACAGCGCAGACGGGGUGGCGAGACUGCGCCAAGUGUACGCCGGCAGGAAGCUCUCCGACACCUUCCAUCACAUCAGCGAGAUGGCGCUGCAGAGGGACCCAGAGCGCAGACCAUCUGCUACACAGCUCUUAAAUCACAUGUUCUUCAAACAGAUAAGGAAAACAGACUUCUUGCCCAGCCUCAUUGGUCGUGUUAAGCCUAUUAAACCAGAUCUCAAUGACAUGUCAGCAUUGUUAUUACAAGAGAAGUUAUCGGAGAUGGACAUAGAGAAGCAAACAGAGUGGGAUUUC